GUAACCAGUUUUCUCGCAGCGCGUUACACGUGUGUAUACACAGCGAGUGAAUGUAUUCAUUAGAACACAAGCUGCAGUAUCAAGUGAAAUGUUGAGGCGAACCUACGUGUCGUUGAAAUGACGUACCUACCUAGUGUGCGAUCUACGAGAUUUCGAGGUCGGUGGAAUCAGUGCCUGUUUGUUUUCAUCAUUACGUCAUCGUAGAAAUACUUCAAUUUCAGAUUCGUCUUUCGCAGUCACGAAUAGUCACCAUAGAACAUUCACGCUUGUAAACGUUUGACGUGUACCAAAAGUAUUGUGUAUCGAAGAUGUUGCAAUCGUGUUGGGAGUGCCUUGCCGGAAACCGGAGAUCAGUCGACGACCCUUACUCAGCCGCAAAUAAUCUACGGAUAAACGGGAACGGGAACGUCGGUUUCGGUAUUCGAGCUCCGCCGUGGCCUGUGUCAACACCAAACACAAAGAUGUUUUUAUUACCAAAACAAUUGGAGCCGGAUGACAUAAUUUCCAUCGAGUGCAAGAUUAAAGAGGACAAACAAAAAAACUUGACAAUUGCAUUAGUGACAGAAAAUGAUAGCCAACCAGAUCCUAAAAACGUUGCUUGUCAAGUAGAUGUGAAAGAAGACGGAACUGUAGUAAUAAACACUAAUAAGGGCACUAUCGAACAGCAUCAAAUAGACCCACCAAAAAUUGAUGAUACCAAAUUUGUGUUUAGAAUAAGAGAAGCGAAUAAUGGAUUUGGGGUGGAAGUAAAAAAUGGAGAUGAAGAAAAUUAUAUAACAUAUGUCCCAGUACAUGAUGUAAGCAGUAUCAGAUAUAUAUCUGUAGAAGGUGAUAUUACAAAAUACAAGCUAAGUUUUGAGUCGGAUUUUUCAAAUGAAAACUCAUAAGUAUUUAUAUAUAAUGGGCCAUUACAAAUGUGGGAACUGUCGUAAGUCAUCUCUCACUCAUACUUCUAGUUCUAGCUCUACUCGUUACUCGUUCAUCGUUCCCGGUGGGACAACUGCCUUAUGUGAGUUGUGCGGCAUUGUCACAUUCCUUUAAUAUGACAGUUCACAGUUUUGAAGUGGCCCAAAUAUAGUAUGUCUUUUUCAGUUGUAACAUAAAAUUUAUUAUGAAUCUCUGGUUUUCAUAUAUUUUGAAGAGAUUGUUGCAGCUAUUCUAUUUAUUAAAGCUUCAUGCACUUAGUGUAUCACAUAGCAGACUUAAUUUAAGUACUAGAGGAUGAAUUGGAGUCAGUUUUACAUAUAAUUAUGCAAUUCAAGUAAUGUAUGUGAGCAUAUUGUUAUUUAUUUUGUUAUAAAUAUGAGUAUUGUCUAAGAGCAACGUAAAUCCUACUUAAGCAUUUAGAUAUUUAACCUUAGAAUUAGUGCAUAUUUUCCAUGUUCAUUUUUAAUUGAAAUACAAUAUUUUCCAUUAUUAUAGUAUUAUAAUUUUAUCACAUAUUGAAAUGAUUAGUAAAUGACAAUUAUUAUGUUAUAAUUUAUUACAAAAUAUCUUUUUUUAACAGUGAAACUAUACAUUACCGUAAGAAUGUGUCAAUAUUGACAAAACAAUGGACUGAAUAUUUUGUCUUCGCUUUAUGUACCGUAUAGAUUUAUAUCUAACACUAUGAAAUUGGUCAUUCUUAUUUACAAGUAUUCGUAAAAAAAUCACCUUGAUGUAGACCUUGCUUACAACAUGUAACCCUGACCACUAAAGUUAAUUAAACGACGCCACUGAACAUUCAACCUUAAAACUAGUAAUGUACGAUUUAUUUUUAUUUGUAUCGGUCUUGUCAGCCGUGAGAAGACGUGACUAGUAUUAAAAAUGAAUGUAAUUGUCUCAUGAAUCAACAUUUUCAUGAAGCUGUGGAGAUUACAUUACCUUAUAGAUCCCACCAUUUAUCUUAUAGUAUAUAGAUACGACCUAUGUAGUAUUGUUCCUGAGUACUGAUAUGCUACUCAAUGAAACUAAGUCCAUUAUUAUUACUUGUGUAUGGUAGCAAUGGAAAUAAUAUUUUUUUAACUAAUCCCAGAAUUAAUUUAGGCGUUUCCCCCACAGAACAUAAUUAUUUUAGUCAACAUUUGUGUAAUUAAAUUUUACUUAUCAAAUAGGACGUGAGAAGCUUUUGAGUAUUCUUGCCCAAAUCUGUUUAUGAUUGUGACAGAGUCGUAUUAUUCCAAAGGCAGACUAAGCAAGUGCCUAUGGGGCGCCAGGUUACAGAAAGGCCCCGCGAGACGCACGUGCCCAUUGGCACGGAGAGUGGCGGCGACGCCAAGAGAAAUUAGAGGUGUCUAUGAGGUGUUUGCUUAGGGCGCGCUCUAGUUUUAAUCCUUUCUGAUUGUACAAGUAUAAAACAGAAAUAUGUUUCGUAACAUACAUUUAUAUUUUAUGCAAUAUUUUUGUUGUUGUUUGUCUCUAAGUACCUAUGUGCCUUUAUGUUAUAUGCGUAGACGUGUAAAUUCCAGUUGUAACAAGAUUAUGAAUAAAAUGUUAAUCUAA